AUGGCUCCCGUCGCUAUCGACACCGAUGUCGUGCCCGUCCCAAUGAAACGGGACGGACAGGCCCUCGAGGCCACCUCCGAUGCCAUCGAUGAGGUCAAUGUCCUUAAGGCCAACAUGAAGAAGCAGGCCGAGGAGCGUGGGCUGUACGACGAGACCGAGUUCGACAAGGAGAAGGACAAGACCAACUUCCGCCAGUACGAGGACGCCUGUGACCGUGUCAAGAACUUCUACAAGGAGCAGCACACCAAGCAGACUGUCGCCUACAACCUCAAGGCCCGCCACGACUUCCACAGCAAGACCCGUGCGGAGAUGACCGUAUGGGAGGCCAUGGAGAAGCUUAACACCCUGAUUGACGAGUCCGACCCCGACACCAGCCUCUCCCAGAUCGAGCACCUUCUGCAGUCCGCGGAGGCUAUUCGCCGCGACGGCAAACCCCGCUGGAUGCAGCUGACCGGUCUCAUCCAUGAUCUCGGCAAGUUGCUAUUCUUCUUCGGUGCCGAUGGCCAGUGGGAUGUUGUGGGCGAUACCUUCCCCGUCGGCUGUGCUUUCGACGAGCGUAUCAUCUACGGCCGUGCCUCUUUCAGUGACAACGAGGACCUGAACCACCCGAUCUACGACACCAAGUACGGUAUCUACAGCCCCGGCUGCGGUCUCGACAAGGUCAUGCUCUCUUGGGGCCAUGAUGAGUACCUCUACCACAUUGUCAAGGAGCAGUCCACUCUCCCCGACGAGGCUCUCGCCAUGAUCCGCUACCAUUCCUUCUACCCCUGGCACAACGCCGGUGCUUACCACGAGCUCAUGAACGAGCACGACAAGGAGAUGCUGCGCGCUGUCAAGGCUUUCAACCCCUACGACCUGUACAGCAAGAGCGAUGAUAUUCCCUCGCUGGAGGAGCUGAAGGCGUACUACCUUGAGCUGAUCGACGAGUACUUCCCCAACAAGGUUGUCCGCUGGUAA